UAAUCUUAUAUACAAGGUUAGAUACAAAUCUAUUAAAUAUUAAUGCAUCAAAAUCUUAUAUUCUUUCUAUCUUUAUGUUGGGGAUAUUUUAAGAAAAAAUGAUUAUGUCCGAAUUGUGUUGAUUAAACCUGAAUUUUAAAUCAGUUUUUACGGCAGUUAGGUCAAGUCUCGGGUCCUGGAUCCUCAACCACUAACUAGGAAUGUUCAAAGGGUUCAGGACACAACUUCAGGAGGCACAGGACGGAGAGGGAAUAUCGAUGAAAGAGAAGGACGAAGAAAGGGCGACUGAUGAGCAAGACGGAGAAAAAGCAUCAAAUUGUGAAUUGAAAAAGCAGGACGGAGAAGUAUCAUCUAGCUGUAAGGGCAAAGAUCAGGUUGGAAAAUCUAGUUGUUUUGUUGAAGAAAGAAUUAAGAUUGUGGUUGAAUUCUUGGAGAGAAAUAGACGAGUAGAUUCCUCUACACUAGUUCAAUACCUAGACAAGGAGCACAGUGUAAACUCAGGGGAAAACUCAAACAUUUUGAACAGUAUAGGUUCAGAGGAACUCCGAGGUAAAGAAGAUACUGAGAUGAACAACCUGGAGAAAAUAAUAAAUACCAAAGACGGGUUGGAUCUUUUAAUAUCCAAGUGUAAGGAGAAUACUGAUAAGGAAUCUCAGAACUCCAGAGAUGUUUCUCCAAGUUCGCCAGAGAAUAAUCAACCUAUAAUGAUUAACACAACAGAGGAAGGAAUAAGAAAGGUUCUAGCUGCCUCUGCACUGCUGAACUUGAAGAUUCCAUCUCCGAUCCUCUCCUCUCCUAAUCUCAGUCCUGCCGCGGUUUCCCCUUCAACAAGUAAUGGAAACCUUCUAACUCUCGCUCUUGCCAAGACGGUUCCCAGAAGGCAAAGAGGAGAGAAGAAACCGAUCCCUGAGGAUCUCAAGGAUGGAAAAUAUUUUGAACGACGGAAGAGGAAUAAUCUUGCUGCUAAGAAAUCCCGGGAUCAGAGAAAGAUCAGGGAGGAUCAAAUCUGUAAUAGAGCGGAUUCAUUGGAGAAGGAGAAUGCUGUAUUAAGAGUACAGGUGUGUACCCUGAGGGAUGAAGCGAGUUCCCUCCGAGCUCUGCUACUCAAGAAAAGAUUAUCAAAGAAAACACAGUAUUCAGGAAGUUAGAUUAGUUUACCCAUAUUUAAACAGUUCUCCGUAGAAUCUGAUAAACUCUGCAGACUCCAAAAUCUAUUUGAACUACGUAGAAUCAAUGUAGAUUUAUAGAUUAUAUAAUACUGUGGCGGCCAGAAUAAAUUUUGAUGCAAAGACGACCUAAAAUUAAUAAAAUCAAUUGGUGUAACUACCGCUUAUUAAUUACAUAUGUCCAUGAGCUCUAGAAAAAAAUAACUGCCAUAAAUAUGUGAGUGGACUCUGUACACUGUAGUGCUGUCUGUUGAUACUUCUUCUAACAGUCGUCUUCGUUUCCCCCUUUUUUGUGAGCUACAGGGUUGCCCACAAAGAAUGAGACUUCAGAGACGACUGUAAAAAUUCAUACUGUCUGUUUCCUUACAUUUAUCAUUCUAUGGAACUGAAGCUUGUUUCUUUCGUUUCGAAAUCAUUAAAAAGGUCUGAAAAAGACUACCUUUAAAGCAGAAGACUGAAUGUAACUUUGGAAUCGUCAUAUUUAAAGAGUGUUUCAGGUCGUCUUUACAAUCUCAUCCUUUGUGUAAACCUUUAACUUGAAUAUUUAGAAAAAAAGGUGGAGUGGUUCAAGCAAACAUUUUUUAUAUUUAGAUUUCUUUUUUUCUUUAUAGUCCAGGUUAAACGUAUUUUUUAAAGCUACGAUAUGGAGCAGUUGUCAGUCUCUUACAUAUGUUAGGUGCAUGUGUGGAGAAUACGUUAUUUUACUCUUCAGCUAAAAACUAAAAAAAUCGUUUACAUUUAAUCAAAGAAAUUUAUUCUUUGCCACGAAAUCUGAUUUCAAACUAUUAACUAUAUUAAAUUCUAUAGCCUCAGUUUGAAAUAUGAAAAGUUUACACCAUCAGACUGCAAAGAUCUGGGGAUUACAAAAUAUGAGUUUAUAUUCAUGAGAACUUAAAUCUUUCGGAGGUAUUGUUUUAUUGAACAUUAUGUGAACAUGUAGUUUAUAUGUAAAUACUAUAUAGUCGCUUAAUCAAUUCAUUGAUUCAGUCUGGAACUUCUAAUUCUAUAUUUAACUUUAAAAGUGCUUAGUUUUGUUCUUUCAAAUCUCACUCCAUUCCGAAAUAUGUUAGGAAAUAUCUUAAACACAUCUAUUUUAUUAUCCAGAGGCGUAUUCAGGGGGGCUACGGGGGCUCAUUCUCCUAAAAAAGAAAAAGAAAUGUAAGCUCUUCCUGGAAAAAAACCUGAAUACGCCUCUCUUAAUAACUUUAAAACUAUGUCUAGUUCUCAACCUUUCUUUAAUCUGUCAAAAUAAAAAAGUGAGGACCAAUAGAUAUAUUUCUAAGAAUCUUCAUUUUUCAGUAUCACAAAUUUUGCAUUCCUUGUUUUACAGAUUAUGCAUGCAGGCAUUAUUGCGCUGUCUGAAAUUAUUUAUUGUGCAGUAA